CGCCCCACCCACCACCUCUCGGUCUGAUCCGGAAGCGGAAGUGCAGUGUUGGCGGCGGUGCGGGACGAGAGCCCGGGCACCGAGGUGAACAUGCCAGUUGCCGUGAUGGCGGAAAACCCGGUGUCCUUCCAGCGGCUUCUAGAGCAGAGCGAGGAGCAAGAGCUGGAGUCCCCAGGUGGCGUUGCUACCCCCCAGGUGUACUGCCAGCUGUUGUCGCUAUACCUGUUACACAAUGACAUGAAUAACGCCCGCUAUCUGUGGAAAAGGGUCCCACCGGCUGUUAAAUCUGCCAGUGCAGAGCUUGGUUGGAUUUGGGAGGUAGGGCAGAGGAUCUGGCAAAGAGAGUUCCCUGAAAUUUAUUCCGCCAUAGCAGCCCAUCAGUGGUCUGAAACAAUACAACCAGUCAUGGAGGCUGUACGCGAUGCAACAAGGCGGCGCGCAUUUGGUUUGGUGUCACAAGCUUACACGUCAAUUUCUGCUGAUGAUUUAGCAGCCUUUGUUGGUCUUCCUGUGGAAGAAGCUGUUAAAGGUGUCUUAGAACAGGGCUGGCAGGCCGAUUCUGCAACACGCAUGGUAAUGCCGAAGAAGCCAGGUAGGGUGCUCUAUUCUGCUCCCCUGUCUCUGAUCCCCAACGAACAGCAGCUGGCUCGGCUCACUGACUACGUGGCUUUCCUAGAGAACUAGCACUCCCUCCCAGCCUGACAUCAAGAAUGUGCAAGCGUUAGGCAGACAUGGGGGAUUCUUCCACACUUCAUGGCCUGUUCUUCUGAGUCCUCAUACUGCACAGUCCCUAUACUCCUACAGACCAGGCACACCCCAUCUCCUCGUGAGCUGCACUAGGUCUGAAGGGGUUCUUGAGGAUGGAAGACUGCAUCAAGGAGCAGACUUUGAAAUCUGACUUGUGUGGGAGUUAACUAGGUUACUGCCAGAAAAGGCCUCCUGUCCAAUACACAGUAAUAUACUAUAGGUUCCACUGGCUAAAGAAUGGUGUUUGCUAUUUUAAGAAAGAUUAGCAAUAGUUAUUACUCUUGUGUGCAUGAAUAGGUUACACCUAUUUUGUUGGAGUUAGGUCUCACCCGGCGGAGACGUCUUAAUGAAACCUCCUCUUAUAGCCGUUUUCCAGAGGUGAGUUUUUCCAGUCGGCUUACUAGUAGUGGAAUAUGUUAGCGUAUCAUUUCCUCUUAGUAAUUACAGACACGGGGAACAUUCUGUAAGCUGCGUUCACAAGGACACUGCAUGUGUCACGAGGGUUUUCGGAUAAUUGGGUUUCCAUUGCAAGAUUAGCCCUGUUUUAACCAUUUACUGGCCAGUCCGUACGUACAAAGCUUGACAAUUUUUUCCCUGCCCGUGUAAAUAAAUUUGAGUUGCACCGUGAAGACCUUAUAUGUUAAAGUGGAGUAACUGAAGCAACGUAAACAUCAGCUGCCUGUCUUGACAAGACUGUCAACACUCUGGUAUCAAGGAGAACCUGCUUCAUCCUGGCAUGACAAAUGGAUUUCUCUAAAAACUGAUGGGUAUCUAUAAGAAUGGCGAUUCCAUACCACCCAAGAUGUAACAUCAGCUCUCCCGGGUGACCGUUUACCUCCAGACACUGCAUGGAAACUAGAGCGGUGUUACGUUUUGUCACCCUGUAGCUUGAUAUUAAAGGCCCUUAAAGAAGAAAAUGAGAUAAUAAAAUGUUUAUUACUCAGA